AUGUUAAAAGCAGUUGUUCCUACUACUUUUGGUGUAUUUCUUAUAAGUGGAUUUGGAGCCUAUCUAAGUCACAAGCAAAUCAUCAAUAAACAAUUGACAAGUUAAUUAUCAUGCUUGACUGAGAAUUUAUUUAUUCCAGCUCUAAUAUUUACAAACUUUUUAAAGAGUUUAACACUAGAAACCAUUUAUAUGUAUAUUCCAUGUAUAAUAAUCACUCUACUUUGCUUAAUUUUUGGUUAUAUAGCUGGAAUACUUAGUAACAAAUAUUGGAUUAAAGAGAAAUCACUGAAUUCUGUAAUAAUAUUAGCCUCUGCAAAUCCUCAUACAACUAAUUUACAAUUAUAACUAUGUUAUGGUUUAAGUAGUUGGUUUUCAUUGAUGACUGGUUAACCAGAAAAAUAAAUAGAGGCAAUACUUGUUACAACAGUGAUAAUUUAAACUGUAGUAGUGACUUCAAUUAGGUGGACGAUAGGACGUAGUAUAUUAGAAUAACAGGAAAAUAGUUAAAAUGAUUUAGAAAUGACAAAUUUAUCAGUACCAUAAUAACACUAAUUGAAUUUACCUCUGUUUAUAUAAUAACCAUCUAAAAAUGAAAAUGAUUAAUAAAAAAAGACAUUUUGGAAUGCUCCUUUAUGUGCAGCUUUAGUUUCAAUAAUUUUUAUUUGUAUUCCAACUGUGUAAAAUACAUUACUUUAAAACUAAAUAAUUUAUAAUGCAAUUUUUGUACCUCUUUCAACAAUAUCAAGAGCUACUUCUCCAAUUAUUUUAUUAAUACUUGGAAGUAGUCUAUAUUAAAUAUAUUUUGCAAAUUAAGAGAGAACAGAAAAAUAUUCAACAAUAUUAUAUAUAGUAUUUAAUAGAUUACUAUUGAUGCCAAUAAUAGGUUUAUUAAUAGUGAUGUUUGUACAUAAUUAGAAAAUAAUUGAUGAUUAAUGUUAGUUGUUUAUGUUAUUUCUAACAUUUUGUACUCCACCAUCAAUUAAUAUAUUAUUAAUGGCAAAAUAAUAUUUAUAAUCAGCUGAAGAAAUAGUGGCAGUUAUUUUAUUAAACAGUUAUCUGUUAUCUAUAAUAACAUUGCCUCUAUGGAUGAUCACAUAUUUAAUGAUAUUUUUUAUAUGA